CAUGUGGAUGUCGGUGCAUGUACCUGUGUGAACGAGCGGUUAUUUACCUGUGUGCUUACUCAGUGGCCAGGACGCGGCCGAGUAUAAAUAGGUCUUCUCAACGAACCUCCUCACACACUGUUCUACACAAUCUGCUACAAUGAACACUGUAAUCUGUUUGGGUUUGCUGAUGUGCGUGGGCUUGGCCUACGCGGCGGUGGUGGUGCCGGCGGAACACGCUGAAGCUGCCGCACCCGCUGCGGAGGAGGCGCUGGAAGGCCAGGAGUCAGCCUGGGGAGGCCGCGGCUGGGGCGGCGGCUGGGGCGGACGAGGCUGGGGCGGCGGCUGGGGCGGACGCGGCUGGGGCGGCGGCUGGGGCCACGGAGGCUGGGGCGGACGCGGCUGGGGAGGCGGUUGGGGCAACGGAGGCUGGGGCGGUCGCGGCUGGGGCGGCGGCUGGGGCUACGGAGGCUAUGGAUGGGGCCGUUAACUCGCACUCGACCCAAACGAUAAAACAAUUGAUCAAAGCUAAAGCAAAACACCAUCUAUUAAAUAUUGGCAUUGGCAAAAUUUUGCACCGGUAUUCUUUAAUCUGUGAUGAGAUUGUAAUAAAAUUAACUCCUACCGAA